AUGGUCCGAAACACUGCAAGCGGGUCUGGGAAUUGAUCAGUUAUGUUUCGUUGCACUGAGUCGGUCAUUUAAGGGCGAUACGGCAGUUGAAUUGAUAACUAGGCGAUGAAAGUGCUUUCAACGCCGUUGUUCCAGCCUAAUGGUGCUAUAGUCUGCAGCCAUCAGGUGUAAGUUGAUUGAUGGAGAAGCCUCGACCUGACUGGUGGCUUCGUACUCGCUGCAAGAACUGUGGUCUUUCACUCCCUGGCCAACAAAAGUUCCUGUCAUUUCGGAAUCGAGAAAGGUCUCCAUCAAUCUCCAGGCGCAACAACUGAAGGCUCAAGACCAUCGCACGAUGGAGACCCAUCAAUCAGUGGGCAAGGUGCUGCGCAGACCAGUAGGUGAGGUGCUCUACCUGCCCGACGGGGGCUUCUACGUGCAGGCGUGUCCACCGGGCGCCAACUUCUGCCCAGGGGCGGACACUACGACUGAAGAUCGUCAGGAUGGCAUGUUGCCUACUGUGUUGAUGGAUAUUGAGACUCACGACAGCGAUGACGAGGAGAUGCCUCUGGCAAGUAGCAGCGCCUCGUUGUUGGACAAGUUGAAUGCGAUCGACAUCGACUCGGACGAUGACGACGAUGACGAUGAGCCCGUUAAGGCCCGUAGCCUACCAAGCCUGCUGGAUGCAGUGCCUACCAUGGACUCAAACGACGAACAGCAGCCAAAUGAGCGGACGAAUCGCUCUCAGGUGGCCAUCUCGGGGGCUGCGCUGGACUUGUUUCCCGUUGACCUCACCCAUUUGUCGGAUUUGGACUCUUCCUCGUCUUCGGAGGAGGAGAGCGACUCCGACUCCGACUCCGACGAAACGGAGAGUGACGACGACGAUGUAGCAGUGGGUAGACGCACUGUUAGAGCGCCCCGGGUGUCGUUGUGGGAAAGUGACUAUCAGCCGGUGGCCGACGUGGACUUGUUCAUUCGCGCGAAUAUGGCGGUGAUCGAGGCCAAGAAACCCUGGCGCUUUGUGUUCCGUUGCCUUGCGAUGCCGUUCAGCCUCAAGCGAGAGGAGGACCCGUUCGACGUCUUCUUCAUGCGCUGGGACGAUUUUUGGCUCGUGCAUGGCCGUGCAGUGUGGGAACGCGACUUCUGGCAGCCCCUAGUGCCCCGCUCAACCGAGUAUUACCACCGAAAGUGGCGUCAAAAUCGAGCUCAACUCGCUUUUCGUGACCUGGCAACGGAUCUAGUGAAACGACUUGGGGAGGGUUAUCCUCGAGCUCUUGCCCUGGAGCUGCACGAAGGCUGGUGGUAUCGCACAGAGGUGUUCCCACUUCGUCGGUUGUUCUUCAAGAACCACAGCUACUACGAGGAGUAUUUGGCGACUCAAGUGAAGAAUCGCUGGCCUCGCGGCAUCAGAUUUCUGAUGGAGCGAGGACCGAAGCCUCUGUGGUGGCUCUCAGAUUCCAGUCCAGCUGCAAACAACGACGGAAAAUGAAGGUCGAAGGUUGUUGUUUUAUGCCGGCUAGUAAACGGUACAGAUUUAUCUAUCUACACGUAGGAGCUGAGACUAAUAUGGCCGCCAUAAAUUAUUGCAGAGCCAAUGAAUGCGUACUUACUUGAGAGCAGCCG